UUUGAUCAUUUAAGACGUCGGAGGAUUACGAAAACAGAGCUCAUUUGGAAAAGCAUUAGACCUGAACUGCUGCUUUCAGAUAUCGUUUAUCUUUUAAGUUCAUUGCGAGAAGAUGGCAAAUAAAGGACUGCAGCUUCUGGGAUUUACUCUAUCGCUUCUGGGGUUGAUUGGGCUCAUCAUUGGCACAAUCUUACCCCAAUGGAAGAUGUCUGCCUACGUUGGAGAUAAUAUUAUCACAGCGAUAGCGAUGUAUCAAGGUCUUUGGAUGUCGUGCGCUUUCCAGAGCACCGGACAAAUGCAGUGCAAGGUGUACGACUCCAUCCUACAACUCGAUAGUUCUCUCCAGGCAACUCGUGCCCUGAUGAUCGUCGGGAUCCUUCUCACAGUAGCAGGACUGGGUGUGGCCAGCAUGGGCAUGAAGUGCACUAACUGUGCUGGUGAUGACAAGGUCAAAAAGUCCCGCAUUGCCAUGACAGGCGGUAUAGUCCUCAUUGUUGGAGCCCUCUGUAGCAUUGUCGCCUGCGGCUGGUUUACAAAUCAAAUCGUCCGGGACUUCUAUAACCCCUUCACACCAGUCAACACGAAGUAUGAGUUCGGUGCAGCCAUUUUCAUUGCCUGGGCAGGUGCGUUCCUGGACAUAAUGGGUGGAGGCAUGUUGGCUGCCUCCUGCCCAAAGAGUAAACCAUCUCCCAAGUACCCCAAGUCCUCCAGACCCCCCAGCAGCAGCAAGGAGUACGUUUAAGCCAUGGCGGCAGUUCACAAGCUGAGGAAGUUCAUAAUGAAUCACAGAGCAUCUGUAGAAGUUUCCCUAGUCAGCUGAUCUCCGAUCUUUUUAGAUUUUAAUUUCUUGUAUUGUUAUUGACUUAAAAUAGAACAGACAGCUAAGAUCAGUGUCCUUGGGAAAAUUUUACUCGUGCUCCGAUACAGCAGCCCACUUCAGAAAAAGAGGUCACUUAUGUUUUCGUUCUCUUGAUAAGCACCAAGUCUGUUUUUUCCUAUUAUAAGUCCUGUUACUGAUGUGAGUUUGGAAAGAGGGGGAUCUUUCCCAGUAUGUUCCUCCUUUUAUAAGACUGCCAUGUUUAGUGAACAUUAAAGAGAGAGGCAUGCUCAGGGAAAAAUCAUCACUCAUACCGCUCAUUAACACGUCAUCUCUAUUGUAAAGCCAUGUCCUGACCUCAUCUGCCUUUUUUGCGUUGUGCUUCACUUUAUGCUAUGUUGCCUGACACUGAGGUGCAUGAAAAGAACAACUUCAAUUUCUUAAAUUUUUUUUUAAGAGCCAAGGCCAACAUACUAAUUUCUGGUUCACUUUGCUGCAUAAUUUUAGGCCGGUGACAUACCAGACCUUCUCUUUUCAAACAAUACUUCACUUUAUACAAAUCAUCUGAGGGAAGUUUCACUCAUUGCUAUUGAAAGACAAUUUUUUGAAAGGAAGUAGUAAAGUACUGAACUACUCAAAGAGAACUAUAAUGUUAUCGAGUGGUAUGUUGAUGGAAUUAGAUUGAAAUUGCUGGCAUACUUACAGAGCUAGACUGAAACUAGGUGGAUAAACAAAAGCUUGACUUUUUUUUUUGUGGUGAGGCUAAAGAUAAAGAAACUAAAGCACUAAA